AUGGAACGUAUAGAUGAAGAAGAAAAAGAGAAAAUUACUUGGGAUAACCAAACAGCGCACUAUAUAGAAGGAGAGUCAACUCAUGGUCUCAAAUUUGAAGAAAAUUAUACAACUAACCCCAACUUGGAUCAAAGCUGGCAAGAAAAUAACAACAAUUCAUUCCCAGGAUUUCCAAACAUGGACCUUGAUUUGGAAGAAUGGUCUCAAUCGAGGGAUGAAUAUAUCGAUUGGGAAUACUAUGAUUCCUUAUGA